ACAGCAGAUCUAUAAUUGUGAAUAAAGGAAGUUUUAUCACAGGACUCAAAUCAGUCAUGGAGCAGUUUGUGUCUGCUAAUCGAUCUUUAUCAGUCUACCAGCGGUUAUGUUACGCAGUGGGACAUUUCCUAAACGACCUGUGCGCAUCUAUGUGGUUCACAUACCUGCUGGUCUACUUCCACUCCGUGCUCGGCUUCCAGAGCACCUAUGCAGGUGUGCUGCUGCUGAUUGGUCAAAUAGCGGACGGAGUCUGUACUCCUCUGGUUGGGUAUGAGUCCGACAGAACAGCAGGUGUGCUGGGAUAUGGCAAGAGAAAAACCUGGCAUCUCUUGGGAACCGUUUGUGUUCUGGUGUCUUUCCCCUUCAUCUUCAACCCCUGCCUGGCCUGUAAUGCCAACACUCCUCAGUGGGCUGAGAUCCUUUACUUCUCUCCCUUCAUCAUCAUCUUCCAGUUCGGCUGGGCCGCCACUCAGAUCUCACACCUCUCUCUCAUCCCAGAGCUGGUGUCCACUGAGGGCGCUAAGGUGGAGCUCACUGCGUACAGGUAUGCGUUCACUGUGGUGGCCAACAUCACAGUCUACACUGUGGCCUGGCUGCUCUUUCAUUUCCAGGCUCAGCACAAUGUGAACCCGGCCAUCGCAGGCAACCUGGGCCAGGAAGACAUCCCUCUGUUCAGGGUGCUGGCCCUCAUUGUGCUGGGUACUGGGUCAUUAUUCUCCCUGAUAUUCCAUGUGGGUACAAAAGAGGCUGCCCCAGCCUCAGAGCCAGAGAAUCAGCUGAUCACACCUUCCUCGUCACAGGAACCUCUGCUUCGUCCUGUACUUCAGUGGAACCAGUGGUUAAAGGAGCCCUCCUUCUAUCAGGUGGCUUUUCUGUACAUGUGCACCAGACUAAUAGUCAACUUGUCUCAGACCUACAUCUCUGUUUACCUCACCUACUCACUGAUGUUACCAAAGAACUUCAUUGCCAUCAUUCCUCUGGUGAUUUAUGUCAGCAGCUUUGUGUGGUCUCUGGUCAUGAAACCAGUCAGCAAGUGCUUAGGCAUCAGUAUUACCUAUUUGUUGGGCCUGCUGCUGGUGCUCGGCUUUGCCACCUGGGUGUUUGUGGACAAGACGAUGGGAUCUGAGAGGAUCUAUGGAGUGGCAGUGCUGCUGGGAAGCGGUUCAGCUACAAUCCUGGUCAUGUCUCUGUCCAUGACUGCAACGCUCAUCGGAGAGCAGACGCAAAGUGGAGCCUUUGUUUAUGGAUCAAUGAGCCUCACAGACAAGGUGGCUAAUGGUGUGGGGGUCAUCAUCAUCCAGACGAUCCGGCCAUGCAGCAGCACACAGUCAUGCUGCCCGGACUGUGUGUGGUUUUAUCGUGACAUCAUGGCGUUUGUUACCGGGGGUGUCGCCGUGGCUGCGGCACUUUGCCUGUUCUCAAUUCUCAUUUGGCCUAUCAGGAUACGGAGAAAUUAGGUUUCAAAAUGUACACCACACUCAUUGCUCAUUAUUGUCUGAAACAUGCACACACACACAGAAAACAACCAUUCACACCAUAGCAGGACUUUAAUAACUCACUACAUGAUGUUAGAGACAGGUGUAUUUUAGAUUUUCAUUGACAGUGUCUAGAUUUUGACUCUUAUGCUUAAACCUAGAAGUAAAAAUGUCAGCUGGAUUCCAAGCACAGAUGCAUUUAGACAAGGCUUAUUAAUAUAUAAACAUAUUUGGACAGAAAUAAUUAACUUCUUUUCUGCAUGAAUAGAGAGUCAUAUAAGAAGUUCUAAUAGGAAUGCCUUUGUGGUUGGACAAGGGAAAUGGUGCAGAGGAUAAAGCCAUGACACCAUCUAGUGUAUGAAUAUGUAACUACACUGCUUUACUGUAAGGGCUUAUAAGGCUUUUAAAGCUGAGAAUGACCGUAUGUUAAGAGAUCCACAUUCAAGGUCCUUGAAUGGAACCAAAUUUUAUGAAGAAUUUAGACAUUGAAAUAUUUACAAACACAUGGACUAAAUACAACACAUAACAAUAUUUCAUAAUGAUUUAUACUUAUGCUUUACACUGAAAUUGCAUCAAAUAAAUAUAACAUUUGCUUUCCACUGUGAAUGAAGCCAAAUGUUUUAGUUGAUCUGGCGGCAGCUGUGGCGCUUUUCCAAGACAAUGAACUGGGUGAACUUGACUUCUGAAGAAACCUGCACAGCAGAGAAACUGCAGAGAUUCACAAAGUAUAAAUUGUGUUAAUUCCUUUAUAAUGCAUCCUUUUACUAAUUAAAAUCAUUUGAUAAUGUUCACACACA